GACAAUGUCUUUAUUACAAUAAUACAAACAUUCAUAAUAACCAAAACCAACCUAAUAUAUAAGAGCAUUGAUUCCAUUCUAUACGAAUGAAUUCCAUCACUUAUUCUUGUACCAAUAUAUGAUAUAAAUAUUGUGAUACUGAUAGUGUCGGUUAUUCCUUUGAAUUAUUAUUUUCAUCAUUAUCAUUUAUAAAUCUUCAAAGCUAAAAUAUUUCCCUUUGUUGUGCUGAUGUAGUUUGCAGCCGCCAUCCAGUGAAAUAUACUAUAAUUUUUUGUAUGAUCUUGUUAUUACAGAGAGGGAAUACACCUCUUCAUUAUUAUGAUCGUAAUAAAUGUAGUAAAUACGAAGUAUCAACAAAGGAGGAAAAGAAAGAUGAACUUAAAAAAUUGCUUAUAGAGCUAUCAGUUCCAGGAGAAAUAUUAGCGAGAGGUCCUGAAGCCAUUAAAGCAUUCGCAUAUGAAGUCCAGAAUGGGGAAAUUACGAUGGUUAAUUCCAGAGUCAUGUUCCUUGGGAAAGAAGGGGUGGGCAAAACUAGUUGUGUCCGUUCCAUGCUUGGCAAAGUAUUUUACAGCAAUGAACCAUCAACAGAUGGUAUUGUAACAACAACAGUAUUUCAAACGGUUGAUGGAGAUUGCAGCGAAUGGAAGGAACAGAAGGAUGUGGAUGGUAUGAAUAUUAUACUUCCUUAAAAUAUCAAUAAUUU